AUGGCACCUUCGGAUCUUCAUAUGGUCGUCAGCGUUGCUUUUCAGGAUGCUGGCGACACAACGCGAGCAAUCGCUAUGGCCAUAGCAUUCCGGGAUAGUUGCCCACCAGGGCUUGAUCUCAAGAUAACCUUCCUGUCGUGCGGAAGUCGAUUCGAACACCUCAUCACAAAUGCUGGCUUUCCCAUUGCGGCCGCUCAGCCACGAGUAAAAGGUAUCAGCGUUGCACACGACCUUGGAUGGGACUUCCCCGAAUUCUUUGGCUCGAAAGAGAUCGCACAAACAUUCAUUGAAGGGCAGCUCGCAGCACUGCGCGAACUGCAGCCUGAUGUCGUGUUUCAUGGCAUGUGGGCUCCGGCAAGCCUUGCAGCACGCAUGCUAGGCAUGCGAACUAUCAACUUCCUUCCGGUGCCAUUGCAUCCUGGCAGUUUUGGAAAUGGACUGAUUAGAGAUCUCCCCGACAUGAUGCCACUCUUCACAAGAUUACCUCGACCAGCUCGACAGCGACUCGCAUAUUGGGCCAGCGGCUUAAUGCUGAAGGCCCCAAUAUUCCACCAGAAGAGACUCGGGGCUGCCGCUGCAGCAUGCGGUUGGCCAAUCAAAGGUCCUAUUUCGCUAUUCGACAUGAACAUGGCUGAUCUGAACAUCGUCAACGAUCACCCCAUUUUCCAUGCAGACUAUGCUCAUAGACUUCCGGAGAACAUUGUCAUUGCGGGUCCGUUGUACGCAAAGAACGAACAAGAGCUUGAUGCUGAUAUCGCGGCACACAUGAAGCAGGGGUCGGGCCCCGCCAUUCUCGUUGCGAUGGGUAGCUCUGGGACGGAAGAUUGGAUUUUCGAGGCCAUCAAAGCAUUCAAAAUGUCCAAGGACGACGAUUGGAAUGUCGUGGUGCUCGCAUCGCCUUCAAUAUGUAAUGUCGAGGACGCUCGCAAGGUGGCCGCUGGCGAUAAACGAAUCUUAGUGACAGAUCGAUUCAUUCCGGCACCAGCAGCAAACAAGUUGGCCGAUGUUGUUGUGAUCCAUGGCGGCCAAGGUACCGUACAGACUGCUGUCGCAGCAGGUAAACCAGUUGUCGGUGUCGCGCUGCAGAUCGAACAGCAGACCAAUCUCGACAACGUCAUGAACGCCGGAGCUGGUAUCCGAAUUCAAAGACAGUUCUGGAAGGCCAAAGCAAUCAGGCAAGCAGUAAAGACCAUCUUGAAUGACCCGAACUACACGGCCAAUGCGAGGACAUUAGGCGAAACUAUCAGGAACAUGGAUGGAGCGAAGACAGCGGCGGAUGCAAUGUGGGAUUUUGUCUUGCAGAAUGAAAAGUAA